UCUAACUCCGCCAAACCUAACCGCAAAGCACGCACAAAUACCGUACUACAAUAAACGAUGUCCGAUUGCGACUCUUACCCGUCCGGGUCACACCCACGUGCCGGUUCAAUUCGCCAUUUACUUAACGGAACCGUCACAAUUCGUUACGGCCCAUCCUUUCCAAACUCACGGCAUUCUCCUUCCGUCACGACACGCCUCCUCACUUCCUUCAAACGUUCCAUCCGCUCCCGCUAACGUCGCCGUUCAAGCUCGAACCCUAACCCUAACGUCUCUCAACCCCUAAAUGGCGUCCUGUGACGACGAUUUCUCUCUCCUCGGUGAGGACCAAACAAACCCUAACCACCACCAUCACCACCACCACGUUCUCCACCAAACCUACGCGACUCACCGCUUCAAUUCGAAGCCCACCGCGAUCCAUGCGCCGCCACCGCCACUCACCUCCAAGGAUCUCAGCGAUCAACAAGAAGAGGAUGACGACGAAGGCGGCGAAGACGACGUCGUCGUUGACACUGCCUCCGCUUUUCACGGAGUCAAUCCUUUUUCUGCCGAUGCGACCUCCGAUCCGUUUGAAAACAACGGCGCAGAUCCAAACAGAUCCAUGAUUGUUGAUACACGGACGGGAAAGAGGCAAAAUCAGGAAGAGCUCAGUGAUGGAGGAACAGGAACAGAAGCUGGAGCUGGUCCAUACGGUUUUAAGAAACCGAAACCUUCAUCCGUUAACGAGUACAGGAAACAGGAAGAGUGGAGCGAUGCGGCAAUCGCGUGCCUCUUGGAUGCGUACACGGAGAAGUUCACACAGCUGAACAGGGGGAACUUGCGGGGGAGGGACUGGGAGGAGGUGGCGGCUUCGGUGAGCGAGAGGUGCGAGAAGCAGACCAAGAGCGUGGAGCAGUGCAAGAACAAGGUUGAUAACCUUAAGAAGCGGUACAAGUUGGAGAGGCACAGAAUGAGCAAUGGCGGCAUCUCCGCCAGUCACUGGCCUUGGUUUAAGAAGAUGGAGGAGAUCGUCGGCAACUCGUUACCCAUGAAGGCUGCUACAGAUGAAGAGAAGAGCGCUGGUUCAUCCGGGACUCCAGCUAGGCAAUCUAAGAGAUAUGCUAUGACAACAGUGAAUCCAGGAUUCCAGGUAACUAACAUCAAAGCCAAAUCAACACCAACCCCUAGAUGGCGUAGAGUUCUUUUCAAAAUUAGUGGUGCUGCUCUUGCUUGCACUGGUCCUAACAACAUUGACCCAAAGGUGGCAAUGUUGAUUGCCAAUGAAGUUUCAAUUGCUUGUCGUCUUGGAGUAGAGGUAGCCAUAGUUGUUGGAAGUCGUAAUUUCUUUUGUGGAGAUGCAUGGGUCACUGCAACUGGUUUGGACAGAAGCACUGCUUACCAAAUUAGUAUGAUGGCAUCCGUGAUGAAUUCUAUAUUGCUUCAAUCGUCAUUAGAGAAGAUGGGUGUCCAGACACGUCUACAAACUUCAUUUUCUGUUUGGGAGGUUGCAGAACCAUACAAUCGGCAGAGGGCCAUCCGGCAUCUAGAAAAAGGCAGAGUGGUAAUAUUUGGAGGCAUUGGGGCUGCCACUGGAAAUCCUCUAUUUUCAACUGAUACAGCUGCAUCUCUUCGAGCCUCAGAGAUUCACGCAGAGGCAGUCCUCAAGGGUACUAACGUAGAUGGUGUAUAUGACUGCCACUCCCAGGACAGCAAUGCAACAUUUGAGCAUAUCUCUUUCAGGGAGUUGGUCUCCAGGGGUGUCACAUCUAUGGAUGCAAUGGCUUUAAACUUUUGUGAAGAGAACAGAAUUCCAGUUGUUGUGUUUAAUCUCCUCGAAACGGGAAACAUUUCAAAAGCUUUGUGUGGAGAGCAAGUUGGUACACUGAUUGAUCAAACUGGAAGGAUUAGCUAGUUUGUGAAGUCCAUCUGGUACAUAACCAGGCUUUUGAACUCCCGAUGCUAUAUGAUAAAUUCCUGCUAUUGGACAGAAAGUGAAGAUUAGUGGGGAGCCGAAUCCAGGCUGCUGCUCUCUUUUCCAAGCAUAGUAUGAGUUUUCAAAGCUCAGGAUUUGCUAUUUGUGACCCUACAUGAGACGGGUGGACAAGAGGUUCUAACUUGUACUGCUGAUUAACAGAAUUAGUGUAUGAUUGACAUUUUCCUUCACAUAAUGGUCCCAUGUGUUGUUAUUAUUUGUAAAUUAUAUUGAUUAAUCAGAAGCAUUAGUUAUUUGAGGCUUGGUUCUGCAAUCUGCAGAGGGAUUGGAAGAAUUUAGCGUGGUGGUAAUGUUAUACUGAAAUUCUGGGGGGCAGGUUUUGAGAUGGAAGGCCAUAACAGAGUGGUGGAUAUGAUGAUUUAUGUUGGAAUUCAUAUUCAAAAAUAACUUUUAACACUUUUGAA